AUGCAUCUGAAUCUCGAUCAAAGUCCAUUCUUUCGGGCUCUCGGUCUUGCGUGGAGACCAGACAUCGACGCGUUCGCGUUCUCUCCGCAAAUUCAUCAAACUCGGGACAAUUUCACGAAACGAAAAGUUCUCUCACAAACCGCGCAGCUCUUUGAUCCUCUCGGAUGGCUCUCGCCGAUCACGAUCAGAGCCAAAAUCUUUAUGCAGGAAUUGUGGGCACUCGGUUUCGACUGGGACGAGCCGAUCUCAGCUUCAUUGUCCUCGCGAUGGAUCGAGUUUCUACAAGAUCUUCAAGGCAUCUCAGCUAUCACCAUCCCACGAAGGAUCGGGUCAAGUUCAGCAUCUCUCGGGAUAGAGAUCCACGGUUUCGCGGACGCCUCUCAAAGUGCAUUAGGCGCAGUGAUCUACGCGCGAACGUAUAUCAACACUCACGAAGUGCGCGUUUCGCUAGUGUGCGCGAAAACUAAAGUAGCGCCGCUAAAGAAGGUGACAAUUCCUCGUCUCGAAUUCUGUGCUGCGAAUCUUCUCGUCCGGUUGAUGUGUGAUGUGGAAAAGACUCUUAAUUUCGAAAACACCCCGGUUUAUCUGUGGACGGAUUCCACAGUCGCGCUCGCGUGGAUCAAAAGCCACCCAUCGCGGUGGAAGGAAUUCGUUCGUAAUCGCGUAACGAAAAUCCAAGAGUUCGCGCGCGCUCGUUGGUAUCACAUCUCGGGUUUUGAAAACCCCGCUGAUCUUGCGUCUCGUGGUGCAUCUCCGGAGCAACUCCAAAAAUCAGAACUUUGGACCUUCGGACCAUCCUGGCUCUCGAAGCCUUCUGUCAAUUGGCCAUCCUUAUCUCCGCGACCGGAAGAAAACAGUCAUCUCGAGGAAAGAAAAGGGCUGUCGACGCACAUCGCAACAGCUAAGCCGCUACAAAUCUGGGAUCUCGUCGAUCGCUACUCAAAACUAUCGACUCUCCUCAAAGUCACAUCAUUGUGUAAACGCGCAGCAAAUCGGUUCCUCGCGAAGACGACAUCGAAUCGCGUAAACACGUCUAUCACUGUCGGACCGAUCUCUACUCUCGAAUUGAGCGACGCCCAACUGUUUUGGACCAAGGUGACCCAGCAGGCGUACUUUGCAGAAGAAAUUCGCCAAAUCGAGACAAGCUCAAGUCUCACUCGAAGUCAUCCACUAUCGCGACUCACGCCGUUCAUCGAUUCGAACGGAUUCCUCAGAGUCGGUGGUCGACUGAAUCACUCAUUGCUUUCGUAUGACGAAAAGCACCCGUUCAUCUUGCCUCGCGAAUCAUCGUUCUCCACAUUGAUCAUCGAUCAUCAUCAUCGGUUGACGCUCCACGGAGGUCCGCAACUCACUCUCGCUACAAUCCGACAGCGGUACUGGAUCCUGGGAGGAAGAGUACCGAUCCGCAUGUUCAUACAUCGUUGCGUUCCUUGUGCGCGUCAUCGCGCCACCCUCAGCAGCCAACAGAUGGGCCAACUCCCUCAGUCUCGAGUCACGCAAUCAAGGCCGUUUCUUCACUCUGGCGUUGACUACGCUAGUCCAUUCUCGAUUCGAGCCUCCCGCGGAAGAGGAGCGAAAUCAUGCAAGGGAUAUAUCGUUAUCUUCAUCUGCUUCACGACCUCGGCUGUGCAUCUCGAGCUAGUUUCGGACUACACGACGGAGGCAUUCAUCGCGGCGUACAAACGCUUCACAUCUCGACGAGGAAUUUGUGCCUCAAUCGCAAGCGAUUGUGGAACGAAUCUCGUCGGCGCAGACUCAGAACUUCGCCGUCUUCUCGCUGCAUCGUCAAAGGAGUUCGCAGAAAUCGCAAACACCCUCGCAUCACACGGAACCCAGUGGCGGUUCAAUCCUCCCUCCGCGCCUCAUUUCGGUGGAAAAUGGGAAGCCGGAGUGAAAUCAGUCAAAUUUCACCUCAAACGAGUCAUUGGAGAAGCUACUCAAACGUUCGAGCAAUUCGCGACGUUCCUCAUGCAAGUAGAAGCCACGCUUAAUUCUCGACCUCUUUGCGCUAUCUCGGACGAUCCACGGGAUCCAAGUGCCUUGACUCCAGGACACUUUCUCGUCGGCUCAGCAUUGAACACAAUUCCUGAGCCGUCACUCAUCGAGGUGCCAGUUCAACGGCUAUCGCAUUGGCAACACUCGCGUCAAAUGCUGGAGCAUUUUUGGAAACGGUGGAGUACGGAGUAUCUUCAGUCCUUCCAAAACCUCUCGAAAUGGCAGACUCAUCACGGGAACAUCAAAAUCGGAUCCAUCGUUCUCGUAAAAAACGAAAAUCUACCUCCAUCUGUGUGGCCCCUCGCGAAAGUGAUCGAAGUGCAUCCGGGAACCGACGGUCUCGUUCGCGUUGUGACCGUUAAAACGAAAUCCUCUGUAUUAAAACGUCCAAUCGUAAAAUUGUGUGUGCUUCCAGUGUCCUUUUAA